CUCGAAAGACAGAUGACACCAGAUAUCAUCUGCACGAUUGUGUUUGGUAUCGUAGCUUCAAUUCUGGCCGUCAUUGGUAUUCUUCAAUCUCAAUCUGCAAAACGCAAAAAGAACAGGGCCAAAUCUGGAAGCACAUCGGAUAUGGUAUGGACGACAACUGCCCCCGGCGGCGCCUGUCCGUCCACAGCGGACCCAGACGUUCCCACCGCCUGGUCCAAGCGCCAACCUUAUCAGUCCUACCUCACAGAGCCAACUAAAUAGAGAAUGAAAUUGUGAAAGAAAAGAAAGAGAGGAAGACAGAAAGGGAAAGAGAAAGGGAGAGGAACAAAAAUCAAAAAGCGAAAUGGUGAGAUUGCUGUUUACCUGCACUUCACGGCCACUGCGGCUCAGAAGCCUGUUGUCGUUGUAAGCACAAUAGGAAUGUAACUGACACAGGAGCGAAUAUGGAGCUAGGGUUAGGGGUAGCUGGAACUCUCGGCCAGUCAACAGCUGCAUCGACUAUUACGGCCUCCUUUUUUCCUUCGGUUAUGACAGGAGCAUCUUCAACCAAUAUAUAUAUAUACAUAU